AUGGCGGCAGAUCGGCCUCCGUGGCUGUCGUCACCGGCCUCCGCCGCCUCUGAACCCUUGUUGGUAUGCGAUCCACCGACGCUGCACUUUGAUCAUGUGUACGACAACGAGAUGCCAUCGUUGCAUCGUAUGACGUUGCGCAACCCCUGUGCAUCGACUGUGCAGGUCGACGUACCGCCCAGCAUUGACGGCGUCCGACUUGCGCAGCUGCGUGCGUCGGUCCAGUCGUCUGGCACGACGAUUCCCACAGCGUACGCGACGAACACAGUGGCGUGGGCCCAGCAUGGCGGUUUACAGCCGACCGAGCUACGUGCGCUACGUCACUGGGCGGCCAACCUGGAUACAUGCACGCAUCUCACACUAGCGCCGGGAGCGACGGCCGAUGUAUUUGUCGAGGUGUGCGUACGUCGGCUGGACCGCGCGACGGGCCCCACCGAGGCGGCGUCCUCGUGCGUGUCGGACCCGCAGGAGCCGCAUGCGACGAUGCUGUCGCUGGCCUUGCAUGUGCAUAACGACACGACCUCGCACACCCUCCAUCUCCCGAUGGCCGUGCAUGCCUGUGAGCCGCAUCUCGAGUUUGACUGGGGCAGCGAGGCCCAGCCUGUGCAAACCGACCGCGAUGGCGUAUGGGUCGCCGAUGUAGGCGACGUCAUGGUCGGCCAAACCGUCACGCGCCAAGUGUACGUGAAAAACAACUCGGCAAUCGAGACGUUCUUGAUGGUCCGCAGCCUGGACGAGUGCGACGAUAGCCCUGUGUGUGUGCUGGACACGCGGCAGGGCGACGAUGUAGUAUCGCAGUUUGUGCCGCUCGCGCCUCGCGAGCGACGUGCGUUUUCGUUGCUUGUUGAGCCGCGCGCGUCGCAUGCGAAUUUCGAGCAGACACUCGUGCUGAGCAAUGCGCAUCUCGUAACGAAUGCCAUGCGGUUGUUGGUCCGAGCGAAUUUGCUCGGCGCUGCGACCGACGAUGCAUUGAUGGUCCUCAACGAGGGCCCGCUGGAUUUUGGCGAUUGCUGCGGUGGGCAGUGGACGCGCCAGCUGCUCAUUCUCAAGAACCCAGGCGACGCGGCGCUCGAUGUCAUGUUCCGCACCGACGCAGGUAUCGAAGCGACGUUCCAAUUGGCCGAGCAGGCCCUGCCGCGCGACGCCAGCGACGCCGAUAUGGACGAGAGCGAGGUGCCCGAUGACGACGUGCCGCUGGGCGGGACCUCGUCGUCCACGGCGACGCGGCCCCUUACCGACUCGGCGACAGAGAGCGACGAGGAGGACAGUGACCUCUCGUCGAAUGCGUCGCAGGCCGGCUCGCGAGUCGGAAGCCCAUCGCCGCUGGACGAGUCGCCGGCCAGCGAGGCGGCUACGUCGCCGAGCCAGGCGCUGAGUAGCAGUACACACAGCCUCUCGCGGUCGGGCUGGGCGGCGCCCAGCAGCGUCGUAGGCGUCGCGCCGCUCAGUACGUCGCCCACGUCGUCGUCGCCCGCCGGCGCAGGGCACCGUCUCGCGUCGUACUCUGUCAGUGCGCUCGCGAAGGCGCAGCCGCCGCGCGCGCGGCGCCUGUACGAUCCCAUGGCGAUGCUGCGUGGCGGCGGCGAGUCGCAGCACAAUCAGAUGGAAGAACUGGUGAUGCGGCCGGGUGCGCAGUACCGCGUCGUGGUCUCGUACCGCCCGCCGCGUGAGCCGCUCGAUGCAGAGUACUCGGCAGGCAAGCUGAAAACGACCACGUUCCGAGUCUACUUGGACUAUACGUGCGCGCGCGACAACUCACGCGCGCAUGGCGGACGGCAGCGCCGGGAGAUUGUGUGUCGCACACGCACCUGCACACCGUUCAUCUCGCUUGCGCCGCGCAUUGUCGACUUUGGCAUGGCGAGUGUCGGUGCGCGCAAAUCCGCGCAGGUGGCUGUGACGAACCACUCGGAGCUCAGCACACGUAUCAUGCUGCGGUUCACGUCCAAAGUGCUCUCGAUGUACAUGGACGAAAUCACCGUGCCUGCGCGGCAGACGGUGGAGCUGAAAAUGGAGUUUUUCCCACGCCGCGUCAACGAGUCGUACCGCAAGCAGAUCACGGUGAUGAAUAUGCUCAACCGCGAGAACGAUCAGAUUCUGGAAGUGCGCGCACGCAAUGUCGAUAUGCAGCGUGUGAGUUUCCACUCGCUCUUUUACCGCAUCCUCACGCCGUCCGGCUCCAACUUUUUGGAUUUCGGCGAUGUGAACAUCCACGCGUCGUGUGUGCGCAGCUUUGGCAUUGAGAAUUUGUGCACGACGCCCCUCGCGCUGGAACUGAGUGUCGCGCACCCUGAGGACUUGCAGCUGUACGUCAAAGCGCCGCAGCUUCGGCAGGGCGUGACGGAGCGAGAGCGCAGCGCAGCGCUCAAGGAGCAGUUUCUCGAGUCGAUGGCGACCGAUCCGCCGGUCCCCGCGGCGCAUACGGCCGCAGCCGAGCAGGUGCGACGUACGACUGAAGCGCGGCAGAAACAUCAUGCGCUGGCCCUCAAACGCGGCAGCCGCGGACGUGCGACUCGCAAGUACGGCCACAGCGUCACGUUCCGCGACCGCUCGCUGCUGCGCGCGCUGCUGUACCUCGACUUGGCCACGGGCCCGCUCCGGCCUGAACACAAGCAGACCAAGCAGACCUUGGCACGCAAGCACCAUGCGCUGCACCGCGACGCGCCCUCGCCGUCGCCGUCGCGGCACGACGACGAGCUCCUAGGCGGUCGGAGCAGCAGCCAGAGUCACCAUAGCUCGCAUGCGAGCCCGGUGAAACCUGCGCCGCGUUCGCGCCCGCCACACAGCCCGACGACAGCGACGAGCGUAGGCGCUGCCACGGCAGCGGCGCCUACGCUGCCGGCGCAGGCGCCCAGCGCCUCGCCCGCGCUGACCGGCCUCUGGAAAGGCCCCCACCGCUUGGCGGACCCCCACGACGUGGCGGCGCUCGAUCUGGAUGGCCUCGUCGCCGCGCUGGAAAGCCAGCCAUCGUCGCUCUCCUCGUUGGUCGUCCGCCAUGUGGAGGCCGAAGAACGCCUCGUGCGGACGGAAAUCAAUUUGCAGCGGGCGUUGCGCGAGGCGAUUGCGACGGGCCAGCUGGUGCCGCUGGGCCUCUUGCAUGUCCCGCCGCAGUCGGUGAUGCAGGUAGUCGCGGUGUACACGCCGCACGGCAGCACGCGCCCACAUAUCCAAGGCACCGCGCGAAAGCAGGAUUCGCGUGUGUUUUUGCGGCUGCUGGAGUUUGAUGCGCGCCGAGCGUCGGGCGUCCCGGCCUUUGAGGCGCUGCGUGCGCGCGAUAUUGAUGAGCUGCCUGUGCGUGACCUGAUGGUCCGCUCGACCGUGUGCCGCAGCAUGAUGGAGCUGGGGCAGCCACACAUCAACUUUGGGCACAUGGACAAGGGCGACAAGCGUGAGCGCAAAAUCUGGAUUCAGAACCGCAGCGAGUGGGCGUUGCGGUACUGCAUCCGCAAAAGCGGCAGCAUUGCGUCGGGCGAUAUCAAGCUGGGCCGCGGGCGCUACGGCAUCGUGCCGGGCUACGGCAAGCGCGGCGUGGACUUUACGUUCUCGCCAUCGCUGUCCGGCGCGUUUUACGAGCGAUUGCUCGUUGAAAACAUUGCAGAUCACGAUAACGAUCAGUCGGUCGUGCUCAAGGCGAGCGUACGCAAAGUCGCGAACUUUGCUAUGGAUCCCUCGACGUUGGACUUUGGCACUUGCACGCCAUCGCACAUCUCGAUGCCGGAAAGUGUGCUGCUAUCCAACACGACGUCCAAGCAGCGCACGUUUGUGGUGAAAGCCAACGUGGACGCAGACAGUGCGCCUGCGCCGCUGGACGUGCUUGUGGCGGCCAGCACCGAUGCCGCGACGCGACGUGCGCUGUCCACGGAAGAAGAAGAGGAAGUGGAGACGCUCUACCAGAAACUGAAAAUCGCCAGCCGCAAAGGCAACGUCGACAAACUGGCCAAGUACCGCGAACGGCUCACACAGCUGGGCGUGCCGCUCCCUGCGCCGACGACGACGACAUCCACCUCGGCCUCGGCGGCAGCGAUGCCCACCACGGCCGAGGACGCGACGGCCACCGACGCAGCUCGGCCUGCCGCCGCCGAGGAGCCGGGCCAGGCCUUCUCGCUCGUGCACAGUGGCCAGCGCGACACGCCGGCCGUUCGUCUGACGCUCCAGAUCGCGGCGCAUAGCUCCUUGAAGCUGCUUGUCCGUGUACGCGCGUAUGCCGGCACCCACGCAGCCACGGCCGUGCAAGUGCCUCUGUACGUCCAUGAGGCGAAAAACAGCGACGAAAUGCGGACCGUGCACGUUCAUGCACGUAUCGAGUCCUAG